AUGCGACUUCUCUGGCGAGAGAAGCGCUUCUUCGAAGAAGAGCACUCAGCGCACGCUAUGUCAGCAGUACUCAGAGCACUCACACACUAUGCCGCCAUAAGUUCCAACGCAGCCGUCGAUGGAUGUUUACAUUUCCUAUGCGAUUUGCUUAAUGGUAUCAGCCUUCACGACACCGCGUCUCCGCUGUCCCAUCAAAGCGCUUACAGCGUAGAGCAGCUCCUUGCUUGUAUCAACGCUCUAAUGCAGUGCGUAGAUAAGAAACCGAACGGCGUACUAUGCGUCGCCCUUGUGUUGCACGCUCUAAUAUCGCACCAGCCCCCGGGCCUUGUGAUCAGGGCCACCACGGCGAACGCGUUGCUCCAGGUCCUGAGACCGUGGUCGGAGCUGUUCUUGGGCGCAUUGAAUCAUUCCAUCUUCGUGGACGACACUGGUCUCUCGGGGAUGUUAUUAGUAGUUACGUCACAGAUAGCGACUGAUACCCUCAGAAAUGAUCCAACCGUUCGCAAAGUGAGCACCCUUGUCCUAGGCGAGAUGCUCAAAGUUUUGGCGGAGCGAUAUUUGUACGUCAACGAAUCGGAUGGCAACGAGAAGUGCGCUAAAGACAUUCACCUGUCCCAAUGGCUCAAAACUGAGGACUCCUUACCGGACGCUCUAACUGGCGAGUUCGAAGUGUUGGAACUUUUGCUAUCGAUUCUCGUGCAAUGCGAGGAUCGUACGGUCGUAUCGAACUGUAUGGCGACGCUGAGCUCUUGUCUGGAACAGGCCAACCACGAGUUUAGACAAACGUUUGCUGCUCUAAUCUGGUCGAAACUGCCGGAAGCUCUGUCCAGGGCUCUAAUAGACUACGGUCGUGUUAUGGUGCUUCUGACUUACACUAACCGGGAGGCAUUUCUACCGAACGUCCUCUCAGCGGCCAACUCCUCGGACGGUAGAGUCGCGAGCGCCGCUCUACAUCUGCUCACACACGUAAUACAUUGCUUCACAAAGAACAGCUAUCAGGAUUCCGAAAAGCAAGCGAACGGCUGGAAGACCCUCAGCUCCGUUUUCAAACACGCGGUAGUUUACAAAAGGGACGCGAAUUUGGUCGCAGCCCUCACCUCCCAGCCGUGGACGCACACCCUCGUCAGGUUCCAACUCUCGCAAGGCGUCACUGGGGAGUUUCUGUCAUUCGCGCACAACUGGCUGACCCUCCUACAAAUCACCAUACGGAAAAGCUUAGACAACACAAAGCGAUACGUGUCUAAAUACAGCCCCGUCACUAGAACCUUGAUACUUAUGAAAAAGCAUUUGGAUGUUGAAGAUGAAACACUCAGGGACGUAAUUGAGCAGAUUUUGCGUAUCAUUGAUAGUAUAGCCUCGGAUUCAAGUAUUAAAAUCAAA